AUGGUCGAAAUCGGAGGACAAACCCGAUCGCCGGCAGUCCGUCGCAAUGGAACGCUGCAGUCCUGCGAACCCUGUCGCAAAGCGAAAUUGCGCUGUGAUCAUGGGCGACCAGUGUGUGGCCGCUGUACGGCGAAGAACAUCGCUAACCGAUGCUUCUAUCAUCCUGCGCCGAUGACAAAGCGAACAGUCGCCAGUCGAGCCAGCCCCAUUGAAGCAUCAAGAAGAUUGACGAGCCAACCAAGUUCAAAUGCCUCGAGUCCCAGCUCAAAUCGUGAACAUAGUCGGUUCCGUACAACUCUGGAGCCGCCAUCGGCCCUUCCUGGAUACCUUGGGUCAACCAGCUAUUCAGCUGUACUUGCCGAGCAUCGCAGUGACAUCCCUUUUGAAGUAGACAACAGCUCGGCGGCUGCUGUGUCCACUCGCUCUGUUGAUUCGGAUCGACUGCAAAUGGGCUCGGAGGUGCUCAAACUGCUCUACGAUCUUCCGGUCUGCGAUAUCAUGAUUCGCAAGUACCAUGCUCGGACGGUGAUUACCAUCGUGCCAAAAAUCGUUAUUUAUUCCAUCGUUGAGUCCAUCCGGAGGAUAUUUGACAGUUUAGACGCAAAUGACUUCGAUUCUCAGUUUCAAGAUUUGGUCAACCAGAUUUUUCAGAAUACUUCUCGCCCGCUGACCGUUCAUGGCUCGAUGACCGUGGAGCAAUACUUAUCUUCGUUUACUGGGAGGAACUCCCGAUGGGAAGCCCUGGGGAACAUCUUUGCGAUUACCGGAAUAGCGUUGAUGUCCACGCCUGACAGCGAUCCUGAUUUCACUCAAGCAGCGCCUGAUAGCGAGGCGAAAGAUCGUCUUCGCGCUCAGAUUGUUGAGGCCAGUGGCAUCUGUCUCGGUUUCUGCGAUCAAGCAUCGUCGGUGAACGAACUCCUGGGCUUCUACCAGUACAACGACGUCAUGUUAAGGACACAGCAAUAUGGGGACUCCAGUUAUCAAGCUUGGCGUCGACUGGGUGAUUUGUCUGCCACGAUCUACGCUGCCGGUCUCCAUCAAGAGAGCACUCAGACCGAUGACUGCCCAUGGUUCCUUCGUCAAUGGAGAAGAGUCUGCUUUGCUUCAGCAUUCUACGCGGACAAGUCGCUUGCUACGUUUGUGGGCAGGCCGCCCCUCAUCAAUUACCGAUACUGCACGUUGACUCCUCCCAUGGAUAUCAGUCAUGAAAUUCUACUUGCUGGCGGGAGCACUCUGACGCAAGCAAUAUCGGAUCUGGACAAGGCGGGAUGGCAUGUGUAUGGGACCACCCACCCGGUUACACUAAUUCGCCUUCGAUUCCUGCUCGCCAUCUUCCGAGAAGAGGCACUUGAAUUAGCGCUCGGCACUGGUGAUCAGGAUGAUCUCGUGGAGAAAUCAAAUCGCCUGGUUGAGAAAGCACGGAAUACAUGGAACACGGCUCCUGCUUAUCUGCGCUACGAUAUUCGUGCGGAUGUGGAGGAGAAUGAUAUCUAUUGCUCGUCAUUUGCGGUACUUCACACCUAUCUCGACUACCUGUACACCGUCUUCUUGGUUCAGAGGACGCUUGUCAAACGCACCAACACCGGUCAAGCGGCACUUUUUGAAACAUCCAGACAGGUACUGUCAAACAUCAUCAGGAUCAACGCGGAGAGAGAUUCGCUGAUGGACAUGACCCGGCAUUACUCAUGGAUCAUCCUCUAUUAUGGUCUCCCCAGCGCCAGUGUCUUGACACUUGAGCUCCUCCGACAGAGCCGGGAAGUCGGACCCCAUGCCAUCGUUUUACCGCGGGCCGAACUCAUCCGGAACCUGAGCGUCUUUCUCUCGUGCCUGUCCUGGGUAGCACGCCCCGGCCAUGGGAAUUACCAGACAUGCAAGGAGGUUGAGAAGAAACUAUCGCAUAUCCUCGAUCAGAUUCUCGACCCACAGCCUGUGCAAGCCGAAGUCUUCAACGACGCGACCUCGGGCCUGUACAACGUCUUGGACUGGUAUAAUCCGGAUACGUGGGAUUUCAAUUUCGAAUAUCUACCAUCGAAAGAUGGGUUUCCCGUCUGA